AUGUCAGCAAACAAGCGCUCGCGGGAAACUGACGAAAAAAAUCAAGUUUCCAAACGAGUCAAAGAAUAUGAUCCUGUUGAAAAAAUCGGUCAACAGGCAGCCGCUUUAGAGACCUUCCGUCGUGCUCCACUAUUUGACGGUGUUUCGGUUUGGCACGACGAGAUUGUCAAGAUCUCCACAAAAGACUUUCUCCACGUUUGUAACACUGUGUUAUUAUUUUACGACUACGACUUUACUCCUACUGCUGUAAGGGACAUUCGAGCUCUCAAUGCUCGCGUGGACGACAUCUCAACUUUGAAUGCACGGGCACUGGCCAUUUCGGUGGACACUGAGCACUGUCACUACGCUUUCCUUCAACGCGAGUUUCCAGCAGCGGCGGCAAAAUUCCCCCUAGUUGCGGAUACCACAAAACGAAUAACUCGGGAUUUCCAAGUUCUAGACGAGGAAACAGGAGUGGCUAGACGGUCUUUAAUCGUCAUCGACAAGAGAGGCGAGAUUCGAUCUUGGUCAGUGUUGCAACAUCAUGAAAUAGAACACAACUUCGAUAGUGUGAUAUUGCUGGGCUUUCAAACCAGUUGA